AUGGCCGUGGACCUCAAGUUGUUUCGACAAUAUUUAAAUAUUGACCGCUUUCCAGCACUGCUGGGCCACUCGCAUGGUGCCAAUAUCGCGCUGGCAUACUCGAAAUGCACCCACAGCAAUAUUGCCAGGCUGAUGCUCAUCGAUCACCGGCUUCUUAGUUGUGACGCUUCGGCGACCUUUGCAUGCUUGCGAGAGGAGAGAAAGGGGCGAUACUAG